ACGGGUCAUAAACAGCCAACAAUCCGGCCAAAUCGUUUUGUACCUGUACCUCCUCCCCCUCGUUUUACACCCCUCAAAAACUCCAAUACUCACACCAUCAUGUCUGCAACCAAAUCACUUCACCCGUCCGAGACCCCGGACUGGAACAAUCUCAGCGUUUUACACAAGAACACGUUGCCACCCCGCGCUUACUUUCACAAUUACCCCACCGAGAAUGACGCUUUCAGCUACGACAUCACCAAGUCCAAAACCCACAGCCUUUCGGGGACGUGGAAAUUCCAACUCGCGAAAAAUGCAUUCGAAGCGCCCGAUGGGUUUGCAGCUCCGUCUUUUGACACAUCCUCGUGGAACGAUAUCGCGGUCCCGGGCAUGUGGCAGCUGCAGGGGUUUGGAAAAGGCCCCCAAUACACUAAUGUCGUGUACCCGUUUCCUGUAGACCCUCCAAACGUACCCUUCGAGGACAACGAAACUGGUUCCUAUGUCCGCAAAUUCACAGUACCGGAAAAUAUUCGGGAAGAGCAGAUCAGACUGCGUUUCGAGGGUGUUGACGCAGCGUACCAUGUUUGGGUCAAUGGGAAAGAAGUUGGAUACUCCCAAGGAAGCCGCAACCCCGAUGAGUUCGACAUCACCGACUUUGUGGAAAAAGACGGCGAGAACACAUUGGCUGUAAGAGUGUAUCAAUGGUGCGACGGAUCUUACAUUGAGGAUCAGGACCAGUGGUGGCUAAGUGGCAUUUUCCGCGAUGUCUACCUAGUAGGAUUCCCCAAGGAAUUCCGUAUCGAAAACGUCUAUGUUGAAACGAAGCUCGACGAGUCCUACACCAACGCAAAAGUGGUGGUGCGAGUCCAGUCCAACGGCGGAUCCGAGAGAAUCAACCUCAAGCUGAUGGAUCCCAGCGGGAAAACCGUCAUCGCAAUGCCUUCGAAUACCGGAGACGAUGGACGCGGCACAUUCCUACUUCCGGUCAACAAUCCACUCAAGUGGACGGCUGAGACUCCACACCUCUACACAUUGCAUGUUUCCGUCAACCGUUCGCAGUACAUUCCCACGCGUGUUGGAUUCAGGCAAGUCGAGAUGAAAGACGGUCUGAUUAAGGUCAACGGCAAGCGGAUUGUUCUCCGUGGAGCAAACCGUCAUGAGCACCACCCACAAUUCGGCCGAACUGUUCCCUUGGAAUUCUUGAAGCGGGAUCUUUUACUCAUGAAGCAGCACAACAUCAACGCGAUCCGCACAUCGCACCAGCCCAAUGAUCCGCGUUUGCUAGAUCUUACCGACGAAAUGGGCUUCUGGGUGGUCGAUGAAGCCGACCUCGAGUGCCACGGCUUUGAAACUAUUGAGAGAGCGAAAUUUACUCCCGAACAACAGAAGCUGACGUACGACGAGAAGAAGAUCCUUGCAGAGGACGAGGCUGCGAAAUGGACCACUGAUAAUCCCGACUGGAAGCAAGCUUACGUCGACCGCGCCGAACAUCUCAUCAAGCGAGACCAGCUUCACCCUUCGGUUAUCAUCUGGAGUCUGGGUAACGAAGGCUUCUAUGGACAGAACUUCAAGGCCAUGUACGAUCACAUCAAGCAAUACGACGAUCGUCCUGUGCACUAUGAAGCAGAUAGAGAAGCAGCUAGUGCAGACAUGUACUCCGUCAUGUACCCUACAUUGGAGCGCAUCAUCGAGUUCGGUCAGGACGAAACAAAGACGAAGCCAUUGGUGCUUUGCGAAUACGUUCACGCCAUGGGUAAUGGACCCGGCAACAUCAAGGAAUACAUUGACGCAUUCUACAAAUACCCCAAGCUUCAGGGCGGCUUUGUUUGGGAAUGGGCUAACCACGGGCUGCUGACCAAGGAUAAAACUACCGGUGAUGAGUACUACGGGUACGGUGGUGACUUUGGAGAAGCGGUUCACGAUGCCACUUUCGUCAUGGACGGUGUGGUGAACUCAGACCACAAGCCCAACUCGGGAUUGAUCGAGUACAAGAAGGCCAUUGAGCCGGUCCAGCUCCUUGAGAUCAAUGGCAAGAAAGCCAAAUUCAUCAACAGAUACGACAUCGUGGACCUGGAUCACCUUGUGUGCCGUUACGCCACAAUCUCCGAGUCUGGUGAUCUGGACAUGACCGGCACUUUUGAGAUUCCCGCUGGUGUCGGCCCCGGAGAGACUUUCGAGAUCGACGUACCCUCUGCACCAGACAGCAAGGGAGAGAUCAUCAUGAACGUGUCCUUCCAGCUCAAGCAACCAACCCCCUUCCUCGAAGACGACUUCGAAGUCGCCACGGCACAAAUCCCCCUCAACGACUUCUCCUCCAUCGAACAGCCCUCAUCCUCCCAAGACUCGCUUCAAGUCGACACCUCGACCAAAAACAAAAUCACAAUCACCAGUACCACAACAACCUGGACCUUCGACACCGUCCGAGGCCAACUAACCUCGCUCGUCAAAAACCAAACCUCGCUCCUCACCACGCCCCCAACCCUCAACAUCUUCCGCGCGCAAACCGACAACGACGAGCCCUCCGACGGCGAAGACUGGACCGCGGCCAAACUCGACCUCGCCCUCCUCUCCACCCGCAGCGCAACCUGGUCCCACCCAACCCCCUCCACCUUCGCAAUCACAGUCCACCAACGCCUCGCGCCCCCGGUGCUCUCCUGGUCCAUCGAAGCCCAGCUAACAUACACCUUCACAUCCCACGGGACCCUCAGCAUCCGCGUCAAAGGCACCCCACACGGCGCGAACCUCCCCCGCACCAUCCCCCGUUUCGGCCUCGUCCUCGAGCUCCCGCACCACAUGCAGAAAAUCUCGUGGUUCGGCCGCGGCUUCAACGAGUCGUACCGCGACAGCAAGCUCUCGCAGCCCGUAGGCCUCUACACCUCCGACGCAAUCGACCCUCUCUGGGUCGACUACGAGGUCCCGCAGGAAAGCUCCAACCGCACCGACACGCGCUGGCUGAAACUCUCGUCGAGCGACGAUGCCGCGGCGGAGCUGCUAGUGCAGUUUUCGGAUCAACAGGGCAAGAGGGCGACGUUUGAUUUCCAGGCCAGUCAUUAUCGCAUGGUGGAUGUGGCUGCUGCUAGGCAUCCGUAUGAGCUUCAUAAAUUGAAGAGGGAGGAGGUGGUGUUGAGGUUGGAUGCUGUGCAUCAUGGGUUGGGGACUGGAAGCUGUGGGCCUAGGACUUUGGAUGAGUAUGCGUUGUUUACUGAGGAGAUUGAGUUUGAGACUUUGUUGGUUUAG